AUGUCGCAGGAAAGCGAGGAGGAGCCGAAUGACAGCGAGAAAGAUGUGGAUGCCCAGUCGAACGAAGGGAGUGAGGUCCCUUCCGAGGUUUCUGAUGCCGUCCUGGAUGCCGGUGUUGAGAAGUACCAGGUCGUCUACGACCGGACUCUGGACGAUCUACGGCUACCCGUAGACAUCGUGGAGGAAGCCCAGCAGGCCUGGUCUGCCUUCAUCUCAGCCUCGGAGACGAGAGAAGCGGCAGGUGAAGCGCUGUUCGCGGCGAUUUUCGAUGCGGCCCCGAGCCUCCAGCAACUCUUUAAAACCGCCAGGUCGGUCAUCGCAAUGAGAUUCGCUGCUGGUGUGAAUUCAAUUUUCGCUGUAGCCGGGAAGCCGCAUACAUUGAAAGUCCAGGUGGAAACACUAGGUUUCCAGCACCUUGACAUCGAAGUAACCGCUCCGCGGGUGGACAUCUUCCGUGAAGCUAUCCUCGAAUUGCUUGACAUGGAGCUCGGUACGCGAUUUAGCGACAAGGCCCGACUUGGCCUGACAGCCAUUCUGAAUUACGUCGGCGGUGCAUACAUCUACAUCCGCCGGGAGUAUGCAAGCAGAAUACGGCUGAUACAGCGGAGCUGGGGCAUCGCCACGAAGAAGGUCUCCGCUGAAGAGGAAGCAAAGGCUGCACAGGCCGCAGAGAUGGACGACGAUCUGCCGGAAGAGGAGCGUCCCAACCCAGGGAGGAACAAUGUCAAUGUGGAGAACAAGGCGAACGACGCGGGAGACCGUGAGAAGCCCAACAAGAAGGGUGCGGUCCAGGUGCCGACCACCUUUAACGAGAUGUUCCUCUUCAACGCGGCCGUGAUGGGAUAUGCAGAAAGCGGCUGGUUCAGCAUCAUCCUGGAUCAGAUCGACAACAUGGUAAUGAACGUUGCGAACUCAGCGCGUCUUCAGGAGGAGUGCGACGUCUGCUUCCUGGUUCUGAACCAGUACACUGGGCAGAUUGUCCUCAGCGAGUUCAGAUCCGUCAUGCUCGCUUCCUUGCGGUCCCUGGUUCCCAAGGACUGGGACACGGAGUAUGAAGUCUCUUGGAACUGGUUUUGGGAGAAUGUGGAGCGGAUGCUGAAGACGCUGCUCUCGAAGCCCAAGGGGCAAGUGAAGGCCUUGUCGACAUUCCUGUCAAACCUCUCCGAAGACCAGACCAACUUCCUGCGUCGAGAUGUCUUUCGGCGGUUCUUUCUGACUGCACCUGCUGGCCAGGAUUACUUCAAGCAGUCGACAACGCGUCUGUUCUUCAUUGCAGACAAGGUCUUUGCAAUGACCGUGGACAUGUUCAACUCGCCCCGAUCCAUGGUCGAAGACAUCUCGGCCUUGGGUCUCCGCCAUGUGGGCUAUGCCAUCCCAACAGAGCUCUUUCCCCCCUUUGUGUCUUCGGCCGUGGAUGUCGUGCGCUCCAUCACCACGAACGACAUGGCGGAGUCCGCCUUCCGCUGGUCGCUGACCCUAGUGUCCAAGAUCCUGGUGCGGACCAUCUUAGAAGGUUCCACGAUCGUGAUGAAGGCGGUGAACACGAACUCGGAGAAGGCCUUGCGUCGUGCAAUCUCUGUUGCUCCUCGCGGGCGGCGGGCGCAGGAGCUCCUGGAGAUUUCAGUGGGGACCCAAUCCAUAUCACCCCUCUACUGGUCCAUCGAAAGUGGAAGCCAUAACUGUGCCAAGGCGAUGGUCGAAGACCUCCUCACGAUCCGUGCAGAUCGUGACAACUACUACUACGGCUGCGAUGCUUUGUUCACCCGUCACCCGGAGGUGAUCCACAAGCUCUGUGUGGAUGCCCGUCAGUUGAUCUGGCCACUACUGGAUGGCUUGAUCUGGCGCUCGCGAAUCUCUGUCCAAGGACAGCGACGGGUGAACUACUACAUCAAGCACCUGGUGCAAGAUGGCGAGGGCAACUUUGCCCAGGCUCUUGAGUGGCUUGCAGCCUCUAAAGAUCCGCGUGUCGCCGUUCACCCUGUGGUGGUGCUGUUCUCCGACCUGAUGUGGACGCGGGUGGUCAUGUACCACUUCCUUGCAGAGCGACUCUACUUUGCCUUCACCCUGGCAGUUUUCAUCAUCAGCCAGUCUGUCUUCACAAGAAGCGCCAACAGCCAAAUGGGUGAGACUGAGAAUCUCGUUGUUUUCAUCUGCCGAGCCUUCAUCUACCUUGGCAGCAUGUGUUUCUUGUUGAUCCGACAGCUGCGACUCGUGAUCGCUGACUUCCGCGCCGGAGACGUUAUGAGGUUCCACGGCAUCCCGGUGCCCAAGUGCAUACUCAGUGCACAGGAAGUCGGCUACAUUGGCUUGCUCACGACAUUGAACCUCGAGCAGUCGUUUAUACGUGUGUCGUUGGCGGUAUGUGGGUUGUUCAUCAACUAG